CCAGAACAAUUGUAUACAACUUUUAAUAUCGGGUAGCUCACUUGGACCCGCUGCGACGUGUUGAAAUAAUGUAAUAUACAGGCUUGAGCACUAUUAAAGGAAGUCCUAGGAGGAGUAACACUUCUGAAAUGUUGUGACCCGUAGAUGGCGCAUGCAGCCAACUCUCUUAACAGUUUUCCAACCUAUUCUCCCACCCCUGGGAGAGAUCCAUGCUACGUCAUGAACGGACCGCGAGAGGCACCGUUCACUUUGUUCAACUGCAAGAGUUCAGAAACGCUGGGUAGAACCAGUGCCACUCGACGUCUUUCCGUUGACUGUGCGGGAUGAGCUGCGCCGUUAUUUUGCAAGGAAGCUACCGCUCAUUGGAGUUUACCGUGUCCCACACCUGACUUUUGAACAUAAUUCCUGUACACUUUUACCUGUACGCUGAAUGUCUUUGGAGAACGCAGUUUUUACAAACUCAGUGCGUAAGAGGCGUUUGCUUUAUUGAAAUACCUGCGCUCCUGUGUGUUGGAUGCCAAUCUCCCUGUUUGGUACAUCUGGGUGAGCGCACUGUGUGGAAAGAUGCGUGUGACACGGAUAAAGUCUAAUUUACUGGUGCAUUUGACGAAAAUCCUGCUUCUUCUGGCAGCUGUGAUGGUCCAAACUCUGAUAUGUGCUGACGCCACAGACGUGACCCUAUCUGAGUCUGGGGAGAUUGAGCCCCUGGCGGAGGCCCAGAGCGGAGGCCUGCCUACGACCGAAGGCCUCUUCCUGGAGUUUGUGGAGUUGCCGAGCAACAUCACCAUCAUGCAGGGCCAGACGGCCACGCUGCACUGCAAGGUGAAUGGGAACCCGCGCGCCACCAUCCGCUGGCUGAAGAACGACGCGCCCGUGGUGCAGGAGCAGGGCCGCCUGUCCAUCCGCAAGACGGAGGGCGGCUCCAAGCUGCGCAUCCAGGACCUGGACACCACCGACACCGGAUACUACCAGUGUGUGGCCACCAACUCCGUCAAAGUCAUCACCGCCACCGGCGUGCUCUACGUGAGACUCGGACAAUCUCCAACACACAGCCCAGAUGACCCGAGCCACGAGAAGGGCUUCUGCCAGCCGUACCGUGGCAUUGCCUGUGCCCGCUUCAUUGGCAACCGCAGCAUCUACGUGGAGUCCCUUCAGAUGCAGGGCGAGAGUGAGAACCGCAUCACCGCGGCCUUCACCAUGAUCGGCACGUCCACGCAGCUCUCGGACCAGUGCUCCCAGUUCGCCAUCCCCUCCUUCUGCCACCAGGUGUUCCCGCUGUGUGACGAGGGGGGGCGGGGGUUGCCGCGGCGACGGCAGCUGUGCCGUGACGAGUGUGAGGCGCUGGAGAACGACCUGUGCAACUUCGAGUACACGGUGGCGCGCUCCAACCCCCACCUCCUCAUGCAGCUGGAGCUGCCCAACUGCCAGCUGCUGCCGCACCCCGGCUCGCCCGACGCCGCCACCUGCAUGCGCAUCGGCGUGCCCACCGACCGCCUGGGGACAUACCACAGCUGUUACAACGGCACCGGUGCCAACUACAGGGGCGCGGUCAGCUUCACCCGGUCGGGUCACCAGUGCCAGCCGUGGAGCAGCCAGUACCCACACAGCCACCACCUCACCCCCAUCGAGUACCCAGAGCUCCGGGGAGGCCACAACUUCUGCAGGAACCCCGGCGGCCAGAUGGAGGCGCCAUGGUGCUUCACACUGGACCCCCACGCCAGAGCUGACCUGUGUGACAUCCGCCCCUGCAAGCCCCCAGAGAACGUGAAGAAGGAGAUCCUGUACAUCCUGAUCCCCAGCAUCGCCAUCCCCAUGGUGAUCGCCUGCCUCUUCUUCCUGGUGUGCAUGUGCCGCAACAAGCAGAAGGAUGCCGCAGACACGCCCACCCGCCGCCAGCUCACGGCUUCGCCCAGUCAGGACAUGGAGCUGCCCCUCCUCAACCACCACAAACACCAGGCCAAGCUCCGCGAGAUCAACCUCUCAGCGGUGCGCUUCAUGGAGGAGCUCGGCGAGGACCGCUUCGGCAAGGUCUACAAGGGCCACCUGUACGGCACGGCACCGGGCGAGCAGACCCAGGUGGUGGCCAUCAAGACGGUGAAGGACAAGGACGAGGGGGCGCUACGCGAGGAGUUCCGUCACGAGGCCACGCUGCGCUCGCGCCUGCAGCACCCCAACAUCGUGUGUCUGCUGGGCGUGGUCACCAAGGAGCAGCCCAUGAGCAUGAUCUUCAGCUUCUCCAGCCACGGCGACCUGCACGAGUUCCUGGUCAUGCGCUCGCCAAACUCCGACAUGGGCAGCUCGGACGACGACAAGACGGUCAAGUCCACGCUGGAGCAGGCCGACUUCCUCCACAUCGUCACGCAGGUCGCCGCCGGGAUGGAGUACCUGUCCAGCCACCACGUGGUGCACAAGGACUUGGCCGCCCGCAACAUCUUGGUCUACGACAAGCUCAACGUCAAGAUCCUGGACCUGGGCCUCUUCCGGGACGUCUACUCGGCCGACUACUACAAGCUGAUGGGCACCGCCCUCUUCCCCAUACGCUGGAUGUCUCCUGAGGCUAUUAUGUACGGGAAGUUCUCCACCGACUCGGACAUCUGGUCCUUCGGCGUGGUGCUGUGGGAGAUCUUCAGCUACGGCCUGCAGCCGUACUGCGGCUACGCCAACCAGGACGUGAUGGAGAUGGUGCGCAACCGGCAGGUGCUGUCCUGCCCGGACGACUGCCCGGCGUGGAUCUACACGCUCAUGCUGGAGUGCUGGAACGAGUUCCCGGCGCGCCGGCCCCGCUUCAAGGACAUCCACACGCGCCUGCGCACCUGGGAGAGCCUGUCCAACUACAACAGCUCCGCGCAGACGUCCGGCGCCAGCAACACCACGCAGACCAGCUCCCUGAGCACCAGCCCCGUGAGCAACAUCAGCGUCGCCCGCUACAUGGGCCCCAAGAAGAACUCGCCGUUCCCCCAACAGCCGCAGCCCCAGUUCAUGUCCAUGAAGGGGCAGAUGAGGCCUAUGGCCCCCCAGCUCUACAUCCCCGUCAACGGAUACCAGCCCAUGCCAGCCUACCCGUACAUGCAGAACUUCUACCCCAUGCAGAUCCCCAUGCAGAUGUCCCACCAGCAGAUGGCGCCACAGAUGGUAGCCAAGGCCGGCUCGCACCACAGCGGCAGCGGCUCCACCAGCACGGGCUACGUCACCACGGCCCCGUCCAACGCCUCGGGCACCGAUCGCGUCAUCCUGCUCAACGAAGACGCCAAGGCGCCCGAGGAGGACAUGGCCGACGGGGCGUCGCAGAACGGACGCCACAGCGAGGGCACGUCGGUGCCAGAGACCGAGCUGUUGGGGGACAGCGAGAGCCACCAGAUAGAGAACCAUGACGGCCACGCCGAAGCAUAGGGUGGCUUUCUGGAACCGAACGGAACCGAACGGAACAGAACUCUUGUUAUAGAGCGCAGACUUCAUUUUUCUUGUUAGUCAAACUGUACAUGAGUAGGG